CAUUUUUAGCGGGAUUUUUGUGGGAUUUUUGGGGAUUUGGGCACUCCAGGUGUGCCCAGGUGUGCCCGCACCUGUCCCUGCAGAUCACCAAGGUGAAGCACAUGGACACAAUCCUCACCUGGGCUGGUUUUGGCCAUUUUUGGGCCAUUUUUGGGCCAUUUUUAGCGGGAUUUUUGUGGGAUUUUUGGGGAUUUGGGCACUCCAGGUGUGCCCAGGUGUGCCCAGGUGUGCCCGUACCUGUCCCUGCAGAUCACCAAGGUGAAGUACGUGGACAAGAUCCACAUCGGGCACUACGAGAUCGACGCCUGGUACUUCUCGCCCUUCCCCGAGGAUUAUGGGAAGCAGCCGAAGCUCUGGAUCUGCGAGUUCUGCCUCAAGUACAUGAAGUACGAGAGGAGCUACCGCCUGCACCUGGGCCAGUGCCAGUGGCGGCAGCCGCCGGGCCGGGAGAUUUACCGCAAGGGGAACAUCUCGGUCUACGAGGUGGACGGCAAGGACCACAAGAUCUAUUGCCAGAACCUGUGCCUGCUGGCCAAGCUGUUCCUGGACCACAAGACGCUCUACUUCGACGUGGAGCCCUUCGUCUUCUACCUGCUCACCGAGGUCGAUCGCCAGGGCGCCCACAUCGUCGGCUACUUCUCCAAGGAAAAGGAGUCCCCGGACGGGAACAACGUGGCGUGCAUCCUGACCCUGCCCCCGUACCAGCGCCGCGGUUACGGCAAAUUCCUCAUCGCCUUCAGCUACGAGCUGUCCAAGCUGGAGAGCACCGUGGGCUCCCCGGAGAAGCCGCUCUCGGACCUGGGCAAGCUCAGCUACCGCAGCUACUGGUCCUGGGUGCUGCUGGAGAUCCUCCGGGACUUCAGGGGCACCCUGUCCAUCAAGGACCUCAGCCAGAUGACCAGCAUCACUCAGACCGACAUCAUCAGCACGCUGCAGUCCCUGAACAUGGUCAAGUACUGGAAGGGGCAGCACGUCAUCUGCGUCACGCCCAAGCUGGUGGAGGAGCACCUCAAGAGCGCCCAGUACAAGAAGCCGCCCAUCACCGUGGACUCCAUCUGCCUGCGCUGGGCGCCCCCGAAGCACAAACAGGCCAAGGUGGCCAAGAAGUGAAAUUCCCUUUUUUUCCCAUUUUUGGCUUUUUUUACCCCAAAUUUUUGGGGUUUUUUUUCCCUCCGAUUUUGGGGUUUUGGGAUUUGUCCCAAAUUUGGGGUUUUUUCCCUCAAAUUUUUUGGGGAUUUUCCCUCCAGUUUUGGGUCUCUUCUGCUCAGUUUUGGGGUUUUUCCGCGCAUUUUUGGGGUUUUUCCCCAAAUUUUUGGGGUUUUUCCCCAAAAUUUUGGGUUUUUUCCCUCAAUUUUGGGUUUUUUCCCCAAAUUUUGGGGUUCACCCUUAAAUUUUGGGGCUUUUCCCCUCAAUUUUGGGGUUUUCCUCCUCCAGUUUUCAUUUUUUUUUCCUCCACUUUUGAGGUUUCUCCCAAAUUUGGGUUUUUUUCCCUCAAUUUUGGGUUUUUCCCCAAAUUUUGGGGUUUUUUCCCCAAAUUUUGGGUUUUUCCCCAAAUUUUGGGUUUCACCCUUAAAUUUUGGGGCUUUUCCCCUCAAUUUUGGGGUUUUCCUCCUCCAGUUUUCAUUUUUUUUUCCUCCACUUUUGAGGUUUCUCCCAAUUUUGGGGUUUUUUUCCUCAAUUUUGGGUUUUUUCCCCAAAUUUUAUGUUUUUCCCUCAAAUUUUUGGGGUUUUUUCCCCCCUAAUUUUGGGUUUCACACUCCUCAAUUUGGGUUUUUUUCCCCCAAAUUUUGGGGAUUUUUUUCCUGCCUCAAUUUUAUGUUUUUUCCCCAAAUUUUGGGGUUUUUUCCCCAAAUUUUGGGGAUUUUUUUCCUGCCUCAAUUUUAUGUUUUUUCCCCAAAUUUUUGGGUUUUUUUCCCCCCAAAUUUUGGGGUCCCCCCCACCCCAAAUAAAGCAGGAAAAGGAC